AUGGAAGAAAACCAAUUAACGUGCUUAAUAGAUGGAAACAUAAAUUUUCUUUUUUUCGACAGUUGGAGAAACACCAGCAGCACAAUUUCUAGGAUGGAGAUUAAGUUUAAGCAACUCUUUUAUAAUAUUGGUUUCGCAAUAUGUGUCCAGUGA